AGAUUAUACUCAAAACCUUAGCUUUUAUUAUUUACUAACGAAAUCCCAACGAAAUGGGAAGAGGAAAACAGACAUGUGAAGGUAAACAACACUUCAGUCAUCCACACAUCUUGAUACCAAUUGUGAAUCCAACUGAAACACUUACUUGCAAUGCUUGUGAGCAACCAAACAUUACUAGUAAUUUCUAUGGUUGCAACACCUGCCAAUAUUUCCUCCACGAAAACUGCCUCAACGCUCCGCGUUUUCUAGAUCACUCAUCUCAUCCAUCCCACCACUUGACCCUUCUCCCAGCUCCAACUUACUCGAAUCGUUCUUUUACUUGCAAGGCUUGUGGCUCCGCUGGCAAUGGUUGUAGCUUUAGCUGUGCCUGUUGCGACUUUGAUAUCCAUGUGCAAUGUGCCCUUUUGCCCCAAACUGUUGUCCUUCCCCAGCAACAUCAUCAUGAACUUGAACUCAUUUUUGAAUCCCCUUAUGAUGAUGACGCCGAUGAAAGUACUGUUUUUAUUUGUGAUGUCUGUCACGACAACGCAGAUCUUAGUAACUGGUUGUAUUAUUGUGCUGAUUGUGAUUUUGGCACACAUCUAAAAUGUGCCAUUUCCAAAUCUGUCAGACAACAAGAACCGAAACAGAGGAAAACAGAGAAGGAACCAAUCAAGAUACAAGAAAUUAAUCAAAAAGAGGAGAACAGAGGUAUAACAACAAGUAAAUCAAAAAAUCUGAAGCAUUUUAGCCACUCCCAUCCUUUGGAACUCUGUAAAGUUCAACAAUCAAAUGAAAUAAUCUGCUCAGGUUGUGAGGAUGAACUUUGUGACACUGCUAAUUACAAAUGCACAAAAUCCAUUUGCGAAUUCACCCUUCAUAAAUCAUGCUUCGAGUUACCAGAAAAAAUACAACACAGUUCCCAUCCUAAUCACCCUCUCACUUUGUAUCCUACUUCACCCGAACGACGACUCUAUUUUGGUUGCAAUGCUUGUGGUGAAAUACCAAACUCCUUUGUCUACGAAUGCCUCGAAUGCAACUUUAGUCUCCAUGCUAAAUGUGCAACAUCUUUAGCUGAAAAUAUAACUCGUGAGGAUCAUCAACAUUCCCUUAAACUCCAAUAUCAAUGGCCAUUUCCUAGUGAAGAUUCUGUAGAUAUCUAUUGCAAUGUGUGCGAUGGAUAUUGCAAUGAUAGCUUAUGGCUUUAUUACUGUGCCGAGUGUAAACUUGGCACACACUUGAAAUGUGUGACAGUUAAAAAGGAAGAAGAUUCGAGUCUUGAGAAUGAAAAAGAACCUGUACACGAAGAGAAUAUGACUAAUGCAGAGAGAUUGAUGAUGGCAACGAUCGAACUUCAAGAACAUCAGGCAAGGAUGAAUUUUCGAUCUAAUAUGGCCCAUCAAAAUGCACAAUUCAUGAACAAUUUGUUUAGUUAUCCUUAUCCACCUAAUUGCCACCCUAAAUUCAAGAAGUUUGUUAAGCUAGAUCUCUAUUAUAUUCAUGUCCUGUUGUUGAUAAGUGCAUCAACAAUACGAGAAAAAAUGGGAAGGGAGAAACGGACAUGUCAAGGUAAACAACACUUCAGCCAUCCACACAUCUUGAAACCCAUUGUGAAUCCAACUGAAACUCUCACUUGCAAUGCUUGUGAGCAUCCAAACAUUACUAGUAAUUUCUACGGUUGCAAUACCUGUCAAUAUUUUCUCCAUGAAAACUGCCUCAAUGCUCCGCGUUUUCUCAAUCAUUCAUCUCAUCCUUCCCAUCACUUGACCCUUCUACCAACUCCAACUUACUCGAAUCGUUCUUAUACUUGCAAGGCUUGUGGCUCUGCUGGCAAAGGUUGUAGCUUUAGCUGUGCCUGUUGUGAAUUCGAUACCCACAUGCACUGUGCCCUUUUGCCCCAAACUGUUGUCCUUCCCCAGCACCAUCAUCAUGAACUUGAGCUCAUAUUCGAAUCCCCUUUCUAUGAUGAUGGGAACACCGUUUUUGUCUGUGAUCUCUGUCGCGACAAUGUAGAUCUUAAUAACUGGUUCUAUUAUUGUGCUGAUUGUGACUUUGGUACACAUCUCGAAUGUGGCAUUUCCAAAACAGUCAGCCAAGAACGUCCGGAACUGUUGGGCAACAAACCAAGAGAAAAUCCAGUAGUGAUCAGGAAAACAGAGGAGGUACCCGUCAAGAACGAAAAAGAAAUCAAUCAAGAAGAAGAGGCAGAGGAGGAAGAAGCGGAAGAGGAAGAGGAAGAGGAAGAGGAACUCAAUUAUCCAAGUUCGAUUCUUAUUGAUAAACAUCCACAUGAGUUGGAGCUCUGCUUUGGUUCUCCUUACGAAGAUAAGGAUACCCUAUUUGCUUGUGAUAUGUGUAAUAUCGUAAUGGACUCGGAUGAAUCAUUAUACUAUUGUGCUGAUUGUGAUUUCGUGUCGCACUUGCACUGUGCAUCUCCUGAUGCUGAUGUUCUUCCGUCAUCACAUCCACGUUGAAAUCCAAAUCCAAAAUAUCAAAUUCCAAAUGUAAAUUCAUCAGUGGAGAUGAUAAAUUCAGUUAGUGAUGCUCAAGAGCGGCUUAUAGCAGCUCAAAUUGAAUCUCAGAUUGCAAGAAGAGGAAGACAGGCUAUACUGGAUUCGAUAGACGGGCCAUCACCAAGACGCUAUUACUACUAAAUGCUAUCCGCCUUUUCAAUCCUAUGUUAAUUUUCUGCAAAUCAAAUGCCUCUUGUAUUUCUAUUUUAUUUACCCCCAUUCAUAGGGCCCAAUUUGAGGAGGGAUAACCCUACCUAUCAAGAAUAUUUUCAUAUCCAGGGCUUGAAUUUAACACAUCGGACAUCAACACCGUCCACUAUACCACAUCCUGACGACUCUUGCAAUUUUAUCGUUCAUGUAUUGAUGGACAUCUUUCUCCAUCUUCUUUACGGUUUCUAUGUUAAUGUAUUCACAGUUGGUUGAUAAUGAUAUUGUUGAGUAGAAUUUACAUUUA